UAUUAUUAAGUUUUUGAACGUAUGUGUAUCAUCUUCAUACCUUCAUGUAUCGAAAACUUCAUGUCCAGCGUAGUUGUACACAUGGCUUAACUUGAUUGAUCCAAGGGUUAUUAUCAAGCUGAUUAAUCCCCCGUCAAGGGUAAUCACAUUCGUGCAGUAUGAUAUUGAUGGACACUGGAUUUAGAGAUUAGAAUGCGGCCAUGUAGGGACACAUGGAUUCAACCAUGUCCAUCUGCCUUACAAAUAAGGGUUUUCAUCAGUUGGGCACAAAACAGCCUUUAUAGCGAUUUCAUUGUUAUAAGACUCGGGUGUAGACUAAACUUUGGCAAGUUCUGCUUGCUGAAAAAAAAACUGUCAAGCUGCGUCCUGAGCACCGGUAGACUGAAUCUCCUGCAAGGACUCUAGAGUGGAGGACAUUUCUGCGUCUGCUACAAGAAGUCCCUGCAAAAACUACUGGUGAAAUGGGUCACAAAACAGCUGACAAUGGUUGGAAGAGGAAUAUCGAUAAUAUUCGAGAGGUUUUUGACUUCAUGGAGGUGCUGGGAUCGGGAGCAUCUUCUGAAGUCUUCAUGGUAAAGGAGAAAAACACAGGAAGAAAGUAUGCCAUGAAGUGUGUGGUAAAGAAGAACAGAAAUACCAGCUUGGAGAAUGAAAUUGCUGUUCUGAAGAGGAUCAAACAUGAGAACAUUGUGGCUCUGGAAGAUUUCUACGAAAGUCAGACUCAUUACUACCUUGUCAUGCAACUAGUUUCAGGUGGUGAGCUGUUCGACCGGCUCUUGAACCAGGGCAUGUUCUCAGAGAAGGAUGCUAGUCUGGUAAUCAAAGAAGUUCUGGAGGGAGUCAAUUACCUGCAUAAGAAUGGAAUAGUACACCGUGAUCUAAAGCUAGAGAACUUGCUUUAUUACAGCCAAGAUGACAAUUCCAAGAUAAUGAUCACCGACUUUGGUCUUUCCAAGAUAGAGGACAAUGGCAUAAUGUCUACAACCUGUGGAACACCUGGCUAUGUGGCUCCUGAAGUGUUGGGUCAAAAACCCUACAGUAAAGCCGUGGACUGCUGGUCUAUUGGAGUCAUCACUUACAUCCUUCUUUGUGGAUAUCCCCCUUUCUAUGAAGACAGUGAGAUUCUACUUUUCUCUAAGAUCAAGAAAGCAGAGUAUGAGUUUGAAUCUCCCUUCUGGGAUGACAUCUCAGAGUCUGCAAAAGAUUUUGUGCGUAACCUGAUACAGAAGGACCCUGAGCUGCGCUAUACAACAGAACAAGCUCUAAAACAUCCCUGGAUCAUGGGGAAGACUGCCCGGAGCAGGAACAUCCUCCGCUCUAUCAGCGUGCACAUUCAGAAGAACGCACAAACAAACUCUCACACACACACUAUGCAUUCAGGCUUUUGGAAAGAUACUCUUUUUUCUAUAAGCCAGAGCAAGAUCACUGUAGAUGUGCAGUAAAGUGUGCUGUAGAUGUGCAGUGCUGAUUGAAAAGUAUCAAUUCAUCGAAAAGGUGUUUGAAAUGUGCAUUAAAGCAACUCAAGAACACGAGAGGCAGUAUGUUAUCAUGAAUAUCACCAAGGCUGUGAUUUGGUCACAGCUGCAAGUGUUGUAUUGCUUUUAUACAAUUGAUUUAGAAAGAAAAAAAAACAAGAAACACCAAGACACCCCAAAUAUAUGUUUCACAUUGACAGCAUUUUCAAGUAAAGAUACUGUUAUUGUUACUUACUGACCAUUAGUCAGCUAAAUAAUACAGGCAUGCUGGGAAAACAUGCUAUC